CCGUCGGUGGGGCGGGUGCCCGGUGCCAUGGAGGGCUCAGGGGAGGUACUGGAGCUGAGUGUAGGGCGGUAGUGUCCUGGCCGCAGGAGCUAUUUCUGGCUGGUCCCGGCUCCCACGCGGACACUUUCUCAGGGAAUUUACAUUCAGUCUGCUGAUUGUGCCUUGGCUUAGGUUGCUGGAUCUGGUGGCUCUGAGAAUCAUUCUGAUUACUGCUUCAGACACCAUAGGAGUGGCAAGAUCCCACCUGCCAGGUGAAGGGCGGGCAGAUCAGUGACUUUGACCUGUACCUGCUGGUCCUGACUUCCAGAGGCCCAGGAUGGGGGAAUUCAAUGAGAAGAAGGCAACAUGUGGCACAGUCUGCCUCAAGUAUCUGCUGUUCACCUACAACUGCUGCUUCUGGCUGGCUGGCCUGGCCGUCAUGGCAGUGGGCAUUUGGACACUGGCCCUCAAGAGUGACUACAUUAGUCUGCUGGCUUCAAGCACCUACCUAGCAACAGCCUACAUCUUAGUGGUGGCUGGUGUUGUUGUCAUGGUGACUGGAGUCCUGGGCUGCUGUGCUACUUUCAAGGAGCGACGGAACCUGUUACGCUUGUACUUCAUCCUGCUCCUCAUCAUCUUCCUUCUGGAGAUCAUUGCUGGCAUCCUGGCCUAUGUCUACUAUCAGCAGCUCAACACCGAGCUCAAGGAGAAUCUGAAGGACACCAUGAUCAAGAGAUACCACCAGUCAGGCCAUGAGGGUGUGACCAAUGCUGUAGACAAGCUGCAGCAAGAGUUCCACUGCUGUGGCAGCAACAACUCUCGAGACUGGAGAGACAGCGAGUGGAUCCGCUCUGGUGAGGCAGAUGGCCGUGUGGUCCCUGACAGCUGCUGUAAGACUGUGGUAACUGGCUGUGGUAAGCGGGAGCACGCCUCCAACAUCUAUAAAGUGGAAGGUGGCUGCAUCUCUAAGCUGGAGACCUUCAUUCAGGAGCACCUGCGGGUCAUCGGGGCCGUGGGCAUUGGCAUCGCCUGUGUGCAGGUCUUCGGCAUGAUCUUCACCUGCUGCUUGUACAGAAGCCUCAAGCUGGAGCACUACUGACCAUGGUGCCAGGCCAGAAGGCCAGCCUCGCGCUGUGUCCCAGCCCCCCACUACUGAACACUACUGAGUUAGACUGCUGACUGCCAGAGAGGUAGCUGCCCUCACGCCAUUACCAUGUCCCCUGGCGGCUCCACCUCCGUGGUAGCUUCAAGUGCCUUUCACUGCACACCAAAGUCCCAAAGCUUGAGGCAGCGUACUUGCCCCAGCAUUAACAAGAGGGGGCAUGUAUGCCAGUGUUGGGCUAGGCCUGGCUAGUAGAAUAGGGUUUAGAUUACUUGACAGAAGUGCCUCUUAUGUAGACUGCUUCCCUUUGGGUAGCUGUGAUCUGCAGUAAGUCUGGGGAGAAUCCGGGCAUACUACUACACGGUGGGUAAGAGCAGGUGGGAAGGGGCCUUUCUGGUUGGGCUAGGCACCUUUCAUGCCUGCUGCCAGGAACCCUCAGAUAGGGCAAGUUUAGGGGAACUGGAAUCCCACACUGUAUGCUGUCCUUUCCACACAGGCCUCUUGCUCCUAACGGCCUCAGCCCUGGCCUUUUCCUACUACUGAUAACACUAUGUAAAUGUUCCACGUUCCUGUACACUGUCUCUUUUGGGAACAUCUCUGAAUGGAGCAUGGCUGUUUUUAUUCACUGCUGUAUCCCAGAUGCCCACAGAUGUUCCUGCUGUGUGACAGGUGCUCAAUAAAUGUAUAAGCAGUCGA